AUGUCAAAGGCAUAUGACAAGUUAUCUUGGAGUUUUCUUAUGGCUGUUCUAAGAAAAAUGAACUUUGCUGAGCCUUUUGUGGACAUGAUCUAUAGAUUGCUUGCUAAUAAUUGGUACUCUAUCUUUAUCAAUGGUACCAGGUUUGGAUUCUUCAAGUCCACUAGAGGUUUAAAGCAAGGUGAUCCACUAUCUCCUUCCUUAUUCAUCAUAGCUGCUGAGGCUCUUGUAAGAGCCCUAAACGCACUAUAUGAUAAUGAUCAGUUCACUGGUUUUUAUAUGAAUCCUAGAGGUCCAAGGAUCAAUCAUCUCAGCUAUGCAGAUGACAUAGUCCUAUUUUCCUCUGGAGGCAGAAAAUCCAUUAAGCUUAUUAUGAGGGUCCUUAAAGACUAUCAACAAGCAUCUGGAUAG